AUGCUUCCUUACGCUUCCAUUUCAGCGGCCGAGGCGGCGCUGGGGCGUAACCUAACCUUCGCCGAGACCGUCUGGUUCAACUACUCCGCCACCAAGUCUAAUUACUUCCUCUACUGCCACAACAUUCUUUUCCUCUUCGUCAUCUUCUCCAUUGUCCCCCUCCCUCUCGUCUUCCUUGAACUCAAGCGCCUCUCCUUCCUCAACUCCUACAAGAUCCAACCCAAGGUUCACUUGUCUCUUAACGAAAUGCUCAGGUGCUACAAAGACGUCCUGGUUAUGUUCUUUCUCGUUGUCGGUCCCCUCCAGUUGGCCUCUUAUCCUACCAUCCAGAUGAUUGGGAUCAGGAUGGGGUUGCCAUUGCCGUCUGGAUGGGAAAUCCUGGCGCAACUGCUGGUGUAUUUUCUGGUGGAGGAUUACACCAAUUACUGGAUCCAUAGGUUUCUUCACAACGGUUGGGGUUACGAGAAGAUUCACCGCGUUCACCAUGAGUACGCUGCUCCCAUUGGAUUCGCGGCGCCCUAUGCACACUGGGCUGAGAUCUUGAUCCUCGGGAUUCCUUCCUUUCUCGGCCCUGCCAUGGUUCCUGGCCACAUUAUCACCUUCUGGUUGUGGAUAGCCUUGCGCCAGAUUGAGGCCAUUGAUACGCACAGCGGGUAUGACUUUCCCUGGAGUAUCACGAAAUAUAUUCCGUUUUAUGGUGGCGCUGAGUAUCAUGAUUACCAUCAUUAUGUUGGAAGACAAAGCCAUAGCAAUUUUGCUUCAGUUUUCACAUACUGUGAUUACAUCUAUGGAACUGACAAGGGAUUUAGGUAUCAGAAGAAAAUACUUCCGAAGUUGAAGGAAGAUUCGGGAAAUGGUGUGGAGCAGAGCGGAGGAUCAUACAAGACUCAGCAGAGUAAAUCUGACUGA